CCAGACAGCAGAUGUUGGUUCAGCGUCUGUCCGAGGUGAAGUGCUUGCUGUUCUUGAAGGAGCUGAGUUACACAAACAACACCACAUGCAUGUUGAGGCACUACCGAGCCUUGAAUGAAAAUGAACGUGCACAACCCGCGCCAAGUACCAGGAAACAUGCUGUGGAUCAGGCUUCGGUUGCCAUGGUUGUGAAGGAUUCCCAGCCUUUCACACUGGUGGAAGAUCAGGGAUUUAGGAGCCUCCUGGAUCUCCUCGAGCCUACCUAUAUUAUUCCAACUAGACAGGCUCUAAAGGCAAUGGUCGAGGAGAGAUUCCAUGCCGAAAUGCAGAAGGCAAAAGAAGAGGUCCAGAAAGCUAAAGCUUGCAGUCUGACUGCAGACAUGUGGACCUCUAUGGACAUGGAGGCCUAUCUUGGUGUGACGUGUCACUUUAUUACUGAGGAGGACACUCUGAACACCAUCCUGCUGGGAGUGGAACACUUUCCACAGAGCCACACAGCAGAGAACUUAGCCCAGGCAAAGACAAAAAUUAUGGCAGAAUGGGGAAUAAAAGAUUAGGUCAAAUGCCUGGUCACAGAUGCGGCAUCCAAUAUGAUAGCCUGUGCACACACUCUUGGUGUAAGGCAAAGCAUAUGUGUUGCACAUUCCCUUAAUUUGAUUGUGCGAAAGUCAUUUGACCAGGUCCCCAUAUUGUCUGAAAUAAGAGCAAAAACCAGAAAAAUUGUGGCCUACUUCCGGACCUCCACAACUGCUAAAGAACGCCUUGGCCACAUGCAAGAGUCCAUGGGAAGAACAAAACAUAAGU